AUGGCCUUUGAUGAGUCUACUAUACUAACUUCUAGCAGGCACCAGUAUAUUUAUAUGGAGGAGGAAAAGAGUGAUCCAGUGAAUAUGGAGCUUGGUAGUCCAAAAGAUAUUGUUCCAAACAAAGGGACGUCAAAAAUAAUAGCUAUAGACCCAGAUGGAGAAGCUUAUGAAUUUGGAUUACCAUUCAUUCGAAAGGCUGGUGUGGAGCACAAAAUCAGCUUCAUUCAAUCAGAUGCCUUUUCUGCUUUAAAUGAGAUGUCGAGCAAUGGAGAAGGUGCAGAGAUGUUUGACUUUGUGUUUGUGGAUGCUGACAAGCCAAACUACAUCAAUUACCAUGAACAAGCAAUCAAACUGGUGAAGGUCGGAGGAGUUAUUGCUUAUGACAACACUCUCUAUCGAGAAUUAGUUGUUACCCCAGAAAAUGAAGUGCCGGAGCAAUUCCGGGGCAACCGGAAAGCCAUAAUGGAUGUCAACAUUCUUUUAGCCUCCGAUUGUCGUGUUGAAAUCUCUCUGAUUCCGAUUGGUGAUGGCCUUACUUUGUGUAGGCGCAUUGCCUAAAGGAUUGGUUUGAGCUAUAGUUUGAAAGAUGAUAGUUUCAUGUGUAAGGCUGGCUUAGUUUAAGUGGUAAUAAACAUUCCCCACUUGUUUACAAGUAAUGAAAGUGGUAAUAGAACUUUUGAAUGGUUGGAUUGGAUGGUGUUUGAUGUUAUAUAUGUACAACUAUUGAGUGUAUGAAUGAAGGUUAGUAUUUCCAUGUUCAUUUUGGUCAAGUUCAGAUACUGA